GAUAUGGCUGGUGCUGUGACCUAUGCUGACCUGAGGUUCACUAAAGCUCCUGUAAGAGGUUCCAGGCAACCAGAAAGCUCAGAAGAUAAUGAGUCAGGGCAGCUGGAGAUGAUGUAUGAGAAUGUGAGUAGACAGAAAGAUCAACAAGAAAAUACAGAAAAUCCAACUCCAGAGAAGGACGGUCAGUGUUCCUUCAGCACAGGUUUCCGGAGCCAUCUUCUUACAUCACUGUUGUUCGUGCUGUGUCUUAUUUUUAUUUGGGCCACAAUUGGAUUUGGAGUGAAAUAUAAUCAGAUUACAAAAGAGUUGCAACAAUUGUCAGCUAAUCAAACUAUUCUGAAGAGCCAUUUAUCUGAAACCAUUGAAAUCAGGGAGGAGCGGCUUAGAGAGAUAAACAAGGAACUGACACAAACCAAAUUGGAGCUGACACAAGUGACACAAGAUCGUAAUGACUACAACACCUCUCUGCAGAAAUGUCAGCAAGGACAAACAGAGUCAAGGAAGCAGAUUAAUGAUCUAGAGCAUUUUUACAGCACAACUCUGCAGGAGAAGAAACAGGCAGAAAAAAGCUUGCAAGACAUCCAGUCAAGAAUCAAGACAUUACAACAAGGAUUAAAGGAGUUUUACCUAUGA